AUGUCCGUCCCCGUGGCCGGUUCGUCACGGAAUCGCACCGUAUCGUUAAGUUCGGGUGGAAGGUCUGCAACAAGGAGUAAGACGUCGCAGGUCCCAGACAGCACCACGAUGCCUCAUGUUACCGAUUUAAAGUACUUUGACCCCUGCGCCGCCACUGCGUCUAUGUUUUUAAGGUUUUCUCGACACGCUGAUGAGGUUCAAUUGUUAGCAGUCGAUAAUCAGAGUGAGGCUGGUGGUGGCCGCUUCGUUGUCAGUUACGAUGCGGGCCAAACAGCAAUUGUGUGGGAUCUAAUGACAGGCGAUGAGAUCUCUCGAUUUGCCUGUUAUGAUCAUUUAACUGUCGCAGCGUGGAUGAAAAAUGGCAAUGUGGCUUUUGGCAACACAAAGGGAAGCAUUAUCAUGUUUGAGCCAUCAACAUCUGAACAUGUUUCUUCAAGGACUAUUGACCAAAUUGCUGUGACUGCAUUGGCACCAUCAGCUGAUUGUCGAACAUUUGCCAUCGGCUACCAGAAUGGCUCUCUAUUUGUUGCAACCUUGCAACCACGCUUCACUAUCUUACACAAUCUCACCACCUCUAGAGGGCCGUCACCUAUCGUGAAUCUUGCUUGGCAUGCUUCCUCGUCUCGGCAAAAGUCGGACAUGCUUGCUGUCCAGAUGCGUGACGGUGACUUACGAGUCUGGAGCGUGGCAAAGAAAUAUAGCGUCGAUGACCCUGCAAAGGUGGUUCGAAACCUCAAGAAGGCCGAGAUCUCCAUGGAUGGGCCCAACUGGAUGGGAUGGUCCAAGAACGGCCGCAUAAUCCAGUAUUCCGACUCGCAAACACAGUCAUGGGAUGUUAGGACAAAGCACGUCACUCAUGAUCCCAUCCCGACUCUCGAUCUUGUUCGCGGCCUUGCCGUCUACGGCCCGGGUGCCACGUUGUUCACCCUUGGCCCCAAUAACACCGUGCAGCAAUUCGACCUGAACUCACCGGCCAUCAUGGUCGCCAAUGUCCAACACCCAGCAAACCUGUUGCCCCCCUCGCCUCCGGUCUCAGAAGAAACUGGUGAUCGAUCAGCGACCUCGGCUACUACUAUCGCCUCCGAGUCUGAGACGAGCUCUAUUCCCCUUGACAUGAAUAUUUCCGAGAGCGACGAGGAUCACCUAUCACCAUUCGCUCGCCUAACUCGACGCCAACCUUACGACUCUGGUAACGAGCCUUACGAAUCAGCCAGCCCUGUCUCAAGCCGAAGUGGGCUCUCAUCCUUAUCUAAGUCCUCAGCUGGGUCGUCUCAGACCCCUGGCCGUUACCCCGGAUCCAUGAGGUCGAGAGGACUGUCAGAAAACACCUAUAUCUCGGCUGGAACCUCGAUCAGGUCAUCAACUAUUGGCAACAGUGCUCACGGUAACACAAGAGAUUUGGACACUUAUUCCAUGGGAUACUCUCUUGGCACUACAAGUGUUCCUUCCAUGGCCUCAAGCCGAUCCCGAAGAAGACCUUCGCGCCUGCGCAAUGAAGUUCCCCGUAGCCCUGACGACAAUAAGGUGCACGACCUAUUCAAGUUUACUCGGGCACGUCUCAGUGAUAUUCCUUACAAGCAUGCCAUGGGUGCCAACAGUGCUCGUCUCACCAAUGAUGAUCUGCGCCGUCAAAUGCUCAACACCAUCUUCGGAUGGAACAAAGAGGUUGAAGACCUGAUUAGGGAUGAGAUGAGUAGGCAUCCCCAAGGAUCUCCUAGCCGCAUUCUCUUGGCGAAAUGGCUUGGCGAUAUCGAUCCCAAUAUCAUGAACGCAAACUUUGAGAACAUGACUUCUUCUGACUGGAUGUUGUUGGCUCUGAGUGGCAUUGGCGGCCAUGCCUCACAGCAGAAGCUUGGCCAUACGUACGUCCAGCGCCUACUUGAGGCUGGCGACGUGCACGCAGCAGUUACGAUUAUGCUUGGUAUGGGUGAUCAUAACGACGCCAUCGAGGUUUAUAUCUCUCACAAGCGCUAUAUGGAGGCGCUGAUCCUCACAUGCCUUUCAGCCCCUAGUGUUUGGGAACGACAAGCUGCAAUCAUCAGGAAAUGGGGAGAGUGGGCAGUUCAGCACGGCCAACAGCAGCUAGCAAUCCGAUGCUUUGCUUGCACCGAUCAGGAGUCUACUGAGCCUUGGACUUCUCCAUCCGCCGCGCAGCUGAACUUCCAGACUAUGACUCCCAGUAUUCCUGAGAUCUUAAGCCCACCUCUCUCACCUCCCGGUGUUCAGCGUGGCCCCCAACGCAGCAUCGCAAAAACCUCUGCUCUCAAGCUCAUCACUUCGUUUGGUGAUCAAACGCAAAAGUCAAAGUUCUUUGCUGGUGACGGCGGUCAAACCCCGAUUGCCGCGGGUGUUACCCCUAUCGCUGACUCUGCCGGUUCUCCCGCUUUCUCUCAUGCCUCCAACAACGAAGCAACGACUGCCUUCCUUCGUCCUUCAAACAAUAGCAGAUUUAAUACCCCAGUCUCUGCCCGAGGACGUGGGCGUUUGCCGUCUAUUGGUGAGAUUCCCUCGGACCUCAACCGGGAGGCACUUCGAUCUGCUGAGCUGUCUGCUGUGCCAUAUGACUAUGAGCCUCGAUCUGGUCAUGCUCGAACACCAUCUGGCAAUGACAACAUGAUGAUGGGUACCGCAUUACAGCGCGCUGCUACUGCGAGCCCGAUGAUGAUGCGAGAGCACGCUCAACGUGUUGUCCAACCAAGUGAGGGUGAUUUUCCACCACCACCCGACCAGGCCACUAUGUUGAAGAUGCAACAAGCAUCACGUAAUCACCGCAAUGGCUCCCGUGACCGCAUUCCUAUGGGUGUGAAUCUACAGCUACAUCCUGGAACGGCUCAUGAUGACAUUACAUCUCCAGAGCAGUCAGUCACUUCUUCUAUCCGCUACCACUGGCCAACUCGCCGCAGAGGUCCUGCCUCUGUGACAAGUUCUGUCACUUCUGCAUCGAGCGCUGGAAGAAGCCUUCGCCAUCAAGCUGUGCGAAACCGAGAAGACUACAUCCAUAGCUUAGAUGCUGCCAAUCACUACUCCAAGAGACAGCGCAGUCGCCAGCGUAGCCAUUCAAGAACUCGGGAUGCUUCACGCAGUCGUCCUGGAAGCCGAGAGCGGACUACACGCUCCCGAGAACCUUCUGAGGAACGUGGACGUGUCAGUGCUCGCAAUUGGCCCAAGGCGAAACGAUCACCUACCUCCCCCAUCCCCAUGUCCCCAGAGGACUUGCUGAACCUGAGCACUCCACGACAUGGUCAGGUCGCUGAGCCAAACACGGUACGCAAGGUUAGUGGAUCAACUGUCAAGCCAAAGAGCCGUAAUUCAAGCCGUGGAAGCCGCCGCAGGAGCCCAGAAGGCCGCUCUCGCCCGCCAGCUCUUACGCUCCGUGGCCGAAGUCAAGGCCGGGAGAGUUCUGCACAGCGUUCUCCUUCUUCACCCUUGCCCCUGAGUGCUGCCAUUCAUCAUUAUCAAGGCUCUGAGGAUGAAGAGGACUACAGAGCAGCCAUGGCUGCCCAAGAGGAAUUCAGGAACAAGCACAGCCGUAGUGGCAGCCGAGGUCUUGGCUCACCGGCUUUGAGUAAGCAAGAUGCUUCGGAACAUCGACGCCGGGCCAACUCUGAGGUCGCCAACUUCGAUGGUUCUAUCUCUAUCCACGGCAGAGCUGCCUCAACUGAGCAUGCCGGUGAUCUCAAGCAAAUGAAGGACGAGCGCCAGCGAAAGAAGGAGCAGGCUGCACGGGAACUCGAGGAGCGCCGCAAGUCUCUGGCCAAGCGUGCCCAAACACCUUCAAUCCCUCACCCUAACGAGUUCUCUCCCGCUCUUGCAAUUACGGUUGAGACUGCUGAGCCAAAGCCGCUGCCUGACGAUAUCCCACCUCGCAGUGCUACUGAGCCACCACAAAGGAGCAUGUACGCCCGUAACGGACCUAUUAUAGGACUUCCAGCGACUCCUAAAGCCAUGCGACUUAUUAUUGAGGGCAACCAUGAUCAAUCAGGAAGUACGCCCAGGCCCGACGUACCUAGUAUUCCAGCUGGCUUUUCUCAACGAUACUCGCCCGAAACUUCGCCUCAACAGUCUCCUGAGAGAGAAGAGUCAGUUGCCGAGCCCAGUCUCACUCUGCUGCCAUCCACUGUCUACCAGCCACCGGCGCGACCUCCUAUUCCUCGUAGCAUGUCAGCCCCCAUUCCCGAUGAGCCUGGCCAGCGCCCCGCUCGCUUUGCACGCAAGAACAGUGUUGGGCGCAUCGAAGAAGUUGUCCCUGGUGAGCGACGACGUUCUCAUGAGGACCCUAUGCCACCACCUCCUCCUCCUCCAGCACCCCCUGUUCUCAAGGAACUCAGGCAUUUGGCUUCACCCCCUCCGCCGCCUCCUGCCCCUCUGCAACACGCACAGCGACAUCAGCAGGCUGGCGCUGUUGCAUCAGGCAUGAUCGAAAUUGUCAUGGACGACGAUUUAUCAUCUGGCAAUGAUCAAGCUUCAGAGGCCAGCCCUCCAGCUCCAGCUUCCCACAGGAGCCACAACCGAGGCAGAAGCAUUGGAGACAGCAGCAGCAUCUCAGGUCGCAUUCACAAGGCCACUGAGCGACUCCGCUCUGCCAGCCGCAGUCGAAAGGAGUAUGUCCGGUCUCCUCCUUAUGAGGCUCCCUACGAGAGUAUUCCCAUGCCUCGACAGAUGAAGUCUCCUCCACCGGUGUCAUUCAACCCCGAUGUUUUGCGUUCGCCAAUUGAUUCUCGAAACAAGCACCUGUCGACUGGCUUGAACCGAAACGAGAUGAUCUAG